ACACACACACACAUGCUACAGUAGCUCGAGGUGCUACGGAUCCCGUACCUAGCUCUGGCUGAGGUUACGGAGUAGAGGUGACAUACUAACCUAAGCCUAUCUAUUACGUGUUUGGUUUGGUCGGCUGAUUGCGUCCGUCAACUCCAGGACGUCGGGGACCGGGAUACCUUCAACGCGUGAAGACACAUCCAUCCACCUCUUCUUUUCCACUCCAUACAACAUCAGCCAGUCGUUCCCGGGUAUAUCGGCUCUUUCGCCCAUCCAUCUGAUAGCUUUCCUAUCUUCGAAUUCCUUGGCGUCGGGAAGCUUGUAGACGGGCUGGAGAUAUUCGACAUCACGAACCUGGCGGAACAGCACUGACGACUGUUCAGGAAACCGCCUCGCCAGUGCCGGCCUGAACUCUUACAACCGCGUCCGUUCAGAGUCCGAGCUACUACAUCAGCUCGCAUCCACCUUCACGAUGGCGUCGAAAGCGAUCAUUCCAUUUCUGGUCGCCAUGAUGCUGCUCACCGGUGUUUGCAAUACUCUUCUAACCAAAUACCAGGACAUGCAAUGCGUCCGCGACUGCGACACCAAGCACCCGAAACACUUCGAACAGCCCGUACUCCAGACCGCCCAGAUGUUUGUCGGGGAAUCCGGCUGCUGGCUAGUCGUAGGACUCGUGUCACUCUACCGCAAGUACUUCAACAAGCAGACGCCCGGCGAGAACGGAUAUCGGCCUGUCAACACCCACGACGGUGCCGAUGAGGAGGAGGCCGGCGAUCCCGCGCAUGAUCAUGCGAAGAGUGAUGACUACGGUGUCCUCUCUGGAUUCGGCAUCCUUCUGUUGGCUCUCCCAGCCAUUUCCGACAUCUGCGGCACGACGCUUAUGAACAUCGGUCUCCUCAUGGUCGCUGCUAGUAUCUACCAGAUGACGCGUGGCGCAUUAGUCCUCUUUGUUGGUCUUUUCAGCGUCACAUUCUUGCAUCGCAGACUACAUGCUUUCCAGUGGGUCAGUCUUGUCGGUGCCGUCCUAGGUGUUGCCGUCGUCGGACUUGCAGGCGCUAUCCAGCCGGAUCACAGGGUCACACCAGCAAUGGUCGGCGAGUGGUCUGCCACAGAAAACCCUGCCUUGCCUGACGCUGCUAGGGCAAUCAUUGGCGUUCUACUCAUUGCUGGCGCCCAAAUCUUCACUGCCACUCAGUUCGUGCUCGAGGAGUGGAUCCUGGAGCGCUCGGGUAUUGAGCCUAUGCAGGUUGUUGGUUGGGAAGGAUUGUUUGGUCUUGCGGUAACUCUGUUUGGAAUGCUGGUCCUACAUUUCGCCAUUGGAAGGACUGACGCGGGACGCUACGGCAUCUUCGACAUGGUUGAGGGCUUCCGCCAGAUGACAGAAUACAAGGCUGUGCUUCUGUCUAGUUUCCUGAUCAUGAUCAGCAUUGGGGGCUUCAACUUCUUUGGACUUUCGGUAACCCGCACUGUUUCCGCCACAUCCCGGUCUACCAUCGACACCUGCCGUACACUCUUCAUCUGGAUUGUUUCGCUCGGUCUUGGCUGGGAGUCCUUCAAGUGGCUGCAGGUUCCUGGCUUCGCUCUUCUCGUUUACUUCACUUUCCUCUUCAACGGUAUCGUCAAGCCGCCAUUCAAGUUCCUAGAGGUUAGCGACGACCAGCUUGAAGAGUUGUUACCCGAAGAGCCUAUCGAGCACAACUAGGAUCAUUGCGCCUCUAUGGAGUUCGUGGCAUUUGGUGGUUUACUUGUCUUGAUUUUACUCUCAUUGGGCAUUAUCUUAUCUGCAUCUUUGUCAUCUUCAUGACGCACAAACAUGUGACUCCGGUCCGUUGAGUCUUCUUGCUAUAAAAGAGCAGCGGCGCAUUAGUUGAUGGUACUUGUGCAUGGAAUUGGCGUUUUUAGAAUUAAGGUAACUUGUUGAUACAGUCUCACCUACCGAUUAUGUAUACAAACUGGAAGUUUAUUCAGACUUUCUCAUUCCCCGGCCUCGCCUUCUCAAGAGUAUAGGUUGGCUAUUUCGGAUGACAGGUUUCUCUACACCUUUCUAAAGACAUCGCUUUCAUUCAAAAAGAAAAAUUUCAUGGUAUGAAAGGAAUGACAGCAUAUCUAUCAUCUUAGAAUCGAGCUGUAUUAUACUUACCACGGAAUAGAAAAUAUACGAGUUUUGAAGGUGGUAUAAUGCAUA